AUGUAUAUUUUUGGUGAUGAGUCGGAUUUCACGAAUCAAAUUAUCAAAUUAAUUACUAAUGCACCAAUCGAUGCCGAGCAACACAUCAUCGGUAAUGUAAAUGAAAUAAUAUCGAGAGAGCCGAUUAUUUUUCUUUGCGAAACAGCUGACUGUGAAGCUAUAAAGUGUGCGAUACCUUAUCUAAAUGAAAAAUUGCCGAUUAUUUUUAUUAAGCAGCAAUGGAGCAAUGAAGAACUGAAACUUGUAGAAAUAACCAUCCAAGAAUCAUUAUCUAUGAGAAAACAGCUAUGGCACGAUGAAAUUAAAAAACUAAGCGCAUUGCAAGGCAGAAAAGCUCAAGAAGAACGUGUUAAAAAAUUGAAUCAUUGGAUCAAUAAUACUUCUGUGCAGUAUUACUGUCUUUCAUCUUCCGAAAGUGAUUUUGAGAAUAACUUGAUAAAAGUCAUGUAUCGGAAAGCACCCAUCAAAUGCACUCACCAGCUGAUAACGACAGUUUCCCAAAGACCACCCGCAUUACAUUGGACACCGCUACCACAGCCCGAUGAAGCCCAAAUAACUUUUAAAAUAGCAUUUCCUCGAAGUUGCUUGACGAGAAGUGAAUUAUUUGAAUUGGUGAAAAGGAUCAGUAAUGCUUACAGGUGGCAAUACCAGUACGAAUGGAGCCAUGGAAUGCUUUUAAGAAUCGAAGCGGCUAAGAUUGCAAUCAUACAACAUGAUCCAGAAACAUUGGAGAUAUCAGGCAGAAUUGAUAACGCCAUCACGGAUGACAAUUCUGAUACGGUACCGAUGAAAUCCGUGUGGCCUUAUUUAUCCAUUGCUUUAACUGCUGCUAUAGAGUAUUUCGACGAACUUUCAUCACAAUACAUAAUUCGAAUUAUUCCGUUUGGUAACAUCUUUUAUGCAGAAAAAAACGCUCUUCCUCGAGCAUUUGACUUGACCCAGCUGCUGAUCUCAAAUGACUUUUUGAAAAGAGUUGCCUACCGAGAUAAUGGAAUUCUUCACCAUCUGAAUUUGGUACAACUAUUUCCAGAGCUGAAGCCAAAAACACUUGCCGAAAUUGAUGAAAUGAAAGCAAAAAGUAAUAAUAGCACAGGAAAAGAGGAAAACGAAUCGAGAAAUGAUCCCAUGUUUUUACCUCUACCCGAACGUAGCUAUACUACUGGCUGUGGCCGACGAGUGUCGUUUGGCAGCGUAAAAUGCAUCCCACAACCACUACAAAAGAUAGAACCAGACGUAGAAUUAGAUGAUAUGCCAAAUGAAAAGUCUAAGAAGACACAAUAUGAAAUAAUGGUUGACAAUUAUGUGGAUCUAAUAAUGGAUGAAACAAUGCGACAAAUCAAAAUUUCGUGA